AUGGCUGACGAAAACAAGGAUUAUUUUCCUUCUAUGGUUAAGGUACGCAUCAUCAUGAAUAUUUUGCGGGAAAGUAUGAAACUUGUUUUCAGUUUUCAACCUAUGAAGAUAGUACUGGUUAUUAACUUCAUCUUAACUUCCUAUUAUUUAUUGUAUGUUUAUUGGAGGUUUUAUCCUAAUGAUUGGAAUAAAAGAAAAUCUAUGACCUUAAGCGUAUCACAGAGUCAUGAAUUAGAAAAACUUCAUAAAUUAUAUGGUGACCCAGCAGUAUCAUCUGAAAUAACAAUUGUUACAGCUUAUUUUAAUCUCGGAUCUUUUGCUAAAGGACGUCAUCAACAAUACACACCAUCUAAAUAUAAAAGAUGGAUGUCAGUUUUUGGGAGAUUGCAAAACCCUUUGAUUGUGUUUACUGAUUCUGCAGACACUGUAGAUACUUUUAAAAUAAUACGUGAAAAAUUCCCAAUUAAUGACACAAAGAUUUUUCUUGUUAAGAGAGAAUCUCUUUGGUCGUUUUCUAUAGCAAAUCAAAUAAAAAACAUCUUUAAUCAGCCUGAUUAUCCUGAAAUUUUUCCAAAUACUGUCAAUGAAAAUUAUUCGUGUGUGAUGCACGCUAAAUUUGAGCUAGUCAAUAAAGUCAUCAAUGAAAAUUUAAUAAAAACCAAAUUUGUCAGCUGGCUUGAUAUUGGGCUUUACAGACAUUUUGUGGAAGAAAGUCACAAUUUUCGUAUCAGAUUACCACAAAAUUUUGACAUAUCUAAAGUAGCUUAUAGUCAGGUGAAGGAAUUUGACAGUUCCUUGAAACCCAUGGAGGUUGUUAGUGGUAAUUUAGUAUGGGUAGGCGGAGCUAUGUUUAUGGGAAAAUAUGACACGAUGUAUUUAUAUACUCAAGAUUACAUGGAGAGCGUGAAAAAGUUGCUGUCAAUCAAAGUGAUGAGCACUGAUCAGCAAGUAAUUUAUUCAAUGUACCUUCCCAGUUUUAAAUUCCGUCCUCGUGUUGAACUGCAGAUGUACACAACUCAUUCUGGUGAUGAUUGGUUUUAUUUAGGGUAUAUAGUGAAGGAUUGGUGGGAAAGACACUCCAUAAGAGAACCAUUAUCAUUGUUGAAUUUUUGUUUUAAACUUUUAUGA